AUGGGUUAGGGUUUAUAAAAGAAGAAUUUAUUGGGAAAAGGUUCUUUUGGAACUGUAUAUUUAGUAUAAAUGAAAAAAACUAAGUAAUUAUUUGCAAUGAAGAGAUUAAAUAAAGAAAAUAUUACAAAAUAAGAUUAAAUAUUGAAAGUUAUAGAAGAAAAAAAUAUUAUGUCGAAUUUAAAAUGUUUUUUUAUUAUUUAGUUAAUAUAUGCUUUCUAAACACCUAAAAAAUUAUAUUUUGUAAUGGAGUUUAUGUAAGGAGGUGAAAUGUUUUUAUAUAUAAGAUAAGAAAGAUAAUUUAGUGAAUAAAAAACUAGAUUUUAUAUUGCAGAAAUUAUUUUGGCAUUAGAAUAUAUACACUCAAAAAAUAUAAUUUAUAGAGAUCUUAAACCUGAAAAUAUUCUAAUUAAUAAAGAUGGACAUAUAAAAAUUUGUGAUUUUGGGCUUUCUAAAUAAGGAAUUGGUGAUAAUGAGACAACUAAAACAGUUUGUGGAACACCUGAAUAUUUAGCACCUGAAAUAUUAAGAGGAAAACCUCAUGGAAAAGAAGUAGAUUGGUAUAGUCUGGGAUGUAUUUUCUAUGAAUUUUUAACGGGAUAUCCACCUUAUUAUAAUCGAAAUAAAUAAUUAAUGUUUUAAAAUAGACUUAGUAGAUAAAUUGAAAUGAAGCCUUAUUUUUCUAAAGAUGCAUCUGACAUAAUUUAAGCAUUACUUUAAAAUGAUCCUGAUAAACGUUUAGGAAAAAACGGAUGCAAAGAAAUAAAAGAACAUAUUUUCUUUUAAGACAUUGAUUGGGAUAAAUUGAAAAAUUUAGAAAUUUAACCGCCUUUUGUUCCAAAGUUAAAAAAUGAAUAUGAUUUAUAAUAUAUUUCAUCAGAAUUCAAAAAUUAAGUUAUAGAUGAAACUUAUUAUAAAAUUGGAAUAACUAGUCAAUAAUAAAAUGGUAACACGUUUUAAGAUUUCUCAUAUGUUAAUGAUUCUAAAAUUUAAUGA